UGAAAACAUUAUCGUGAAAGUAUCCGCUUAGUUUUAAAUUACAAAGAAAGAGCCACUUCAAUUCAUGUCAUUCGCUAGUAUAAAUUACAAGCCUCGCUCAUUUUGGUUCUUGGGCAGCAGAUCUCUAAAUACCUAUACCUAUUGUCUUGCUUCUCAAGAGAAACCGGGUCCAAAUAACAUGGAAAAUUUUUCUCAAAUGGUCGCCAGAGAUCAAGGGAGAAGAAGCUCAAGACGCUCGACUAGAUACCUAGGAGUUAGAAGGAGGCAAUGGGGAAGAUACGCAGCUGAGAUAAGGAAUCCAUACACAAAAGAAAGACAUUGGUUAGGCACAUUUGACACUGCUGAAGAAGCUGCUGUGGCUUAUGAUCUUGCGUCCAUUUCUUUCAGUGGCAUUCAAAAAGCCCGCACCAAUUUCGUUUACCCUUUUUUGGCUUUGCCAUCACCAUCAACAUCACCAUCGCCGCCGUCACCGCCUCCGCCUCCACCACCAACUCCUGAUUUGGAAGAAGUUCAUCAAAGCUGCGCGGAAGUAAGCAGUUUCGAAGAUGAUGAUGAUGAGUCUCUUUUCAUUGCUUCUGUCUUGGAGUCAUUCCGCCAAUCCAGCUUUGAUGGCACACAAAAGGAUUGAGUGCCUCUUAUUUAUGGAUGAUUUUUAGUUACGGCUAAAUGGAAUUUUUUGCAUAUGGCUCAGAAUCAGAAUGUGUUGCAAAAUGAGCACUUUCUCACCAUCUUUCAUGGUUACAGAAUUAAAUGUCAUUGUUUUUGCA